AUGUACCGAGAAUUAGGUUCAAAGACUAAACAACUCCGUCACAGAGCCGAUCUGAAGUGGCUGACCUUGACGAACGCCCUUUCCGGCCUCUUUUGCGCCUCGCUCAACUUCAUCGACGGUACACGGACAACGAGACCCGUUAUGUCAUUCCAGCCAGAGGGCAACCUCUUGAACGAUACAACCCCAAAUACACAUCUUCUCUAUGGAACAUUGCCCCGGGAAGUGGUCUGUACAGAAAAUUUGACACCAUUCUUGAAGCUGUUACCUUGCAAGGGCAAGGCGGGAAUUGCGACUUUACUGGACGGCCAUAAGCUGUUCGAUGCAUCGUGGCAGAGUAUGGCUAUCGAUAUUCGCCCAAUCUGCCCCAAAGACGGUGAUUGUGUUCUCGAGAUUGAGCAGACCAUUGACAUGGUCCUGGACAUUGAGCGGUCAAAGCGACCAAGAGAUAACCCGAUACCAAGGCCGCCUCCUGGUCACGAACUCAAAUGCGACAAGUCCAAAUCAUACCACAGCGACGACACGUGCUUCCCUGUUGAGUAUAGUGCAAACCAAGACUGGUCAUUGUCACAGAUCUUUGGUCGGCCAAUGAAGGGAACUUGUCCCCUAGCCGAUCCCGAUAUCCCUCCUGUCUGCCUUCAGGUGCCGCACAGCAGAAGCGUGUAUAUCUCAGAAGGUGUCAAGGAGCACAAGAAUCCUGGUGAACAAUCUCGGUGUUUCAGGAUGGAUCCCGAGACCUCGGUCGAGCUUGUUCUUCCUCAGAUCGAGCAAGAAGGAGAAGCUGCUCAGAAACAAGCCGAAGAGCUUCUCAAUCCCGAUACCCCUCCUUUAUACGCCGAACGGAGUUUCACGGGGCACGGUCAAGAACGAGGCGGCGUGCAGACAAUACUCACAAAUCCCAGUGAGAGCGAAAGCGUCGAGUUCGUCUACAUGGAGUCACUUCCAUGGUUCAUGCGUAUCUACUUGCACACCCUGCAAGCUCGAGUCGCAGACCCACCAGAGUCGAAAUCAAAGGAUGUUAUUCAGGAGGUGUACUAUCGUCCAGCAUUGGAUCGAGCACGAGGGACACAGCUGGAAGUCCGGAUGCAAAUCCCGCCCAAGUCCACCGUUUUCCUAACGUAUGACUUCGAGAAGUCGAUUCUGCGAUACACCGAGUACCCCCCUGACGCAAACCGAGGGUUUGAUGUGGCAGCAGCUGUUAUCACCAUUGUCGACACAGACGCCGAAACUGGCACAAAGUCGGCGAUCUCCAAUUUACGCACCACGACUCUUCUCCUGAGUCUCCCAACACCCGACUUCAGUAUGCCAUAUAAUGUCAUCAUCUUCACAUCGACCGCCAUUGCCUUGGCUUUUGGCGGUUUGUUCAAUAUCAUAGUAAGGAGGUUUGUUGCCGCAGACGAAGGGCCGCAGGUAAGCGCCACAGCGCUCAAGGAGAAGCUAAAAAGCAAAUUACGAACGCUUCUCUCGAGAACUAAGGCUAGCAAGGCCGAGAAGACAGAAUAG